CAACCUGGCCAUUACAUGAGAGACGAGGCCCCUCUUGCAAGCAGGAAGCUUUCCCUGCCGCAUGUUACUUUCCGACCGGAAGCGGAAGUUCUUGCUAGCCGGACGGUUUCAGUGGGUCGGACUGAAAAAGCGUCCGUGUUCAAUCAAGCAGGGAGUCCCGCCAAAGGCUUGAGGUUUCCUACGGAAAAGGCAGCCAUGGGUCGCCGGAACAAGGUCUACCGCCCUAUUGCGGCCAUGGCCAAGAGGAUCCGCGAGUACCGGGCCCUGAAGAACCGGCCCCGGGACUCCCAGCGCUUUGCCCUGGACUACGAGACCAUGAUCCGCCCUUUGACGGGCAAAAGGCUGCCUGUUCUGGCCUGGGAAGAUGCAAGGAACGAGGAGCGACUGUUUACCUUGCUGAGCCGUCUGCAUUGCUUUGGCAUUGGCCGCAUGGUCACACGCAAAUCCUGGCUGUGGAGGUUCGAUGAGCCUUGCUAUUGGAUCAUUACCAAAGUCAAGGUGGAUUAUACAGCUGAGAAUCUGGAUCACGGGAAAGCCUGGGGCUAUUUGACAUUUAGAGGCAAGGUGAUGGAGGAAGUCAGAGAAAUUGGCAAGGUUAUGUAUCAUGACUGGCGCAUGGUUCCGAAGCAUGAGGAGGAGGCCUUUAAGAAAUUCACACCCGUGGAGGAGGAGACCGUCCGAUAUGUCCUCUACCCACCACUGCUACGGGCCAUGGUUCUUGCCCAGAGGCAAAAGGAAGGCAAACCAUGUACAGAAGAGCCCAUGAUUGAUCUGAUGCGACCACGUUCCUUCUCAAAGGAGUACUUCGAAAAUGCCAGAAAUGAAGGCACUCCAGUUUGAAGAUCUUAAGAAGCUUGUUUCUCUAAUUUAAGAAAGCAGCAGCCCUUGGAAAGUAGUCAUUCAGUAUCUUUCACAGAGAAUUGAUUAUAAUAAAUCUGGAUUCAGAAAGAUGUUUUUCAAUAUUUUAGAGGUUUCACUUGCCCACAUCGGUAUCUAUGGCACAUAAACAUUUUUACUCCAUAGUCAGUCCGAGUCUUGCCACUAGGCACCAGCAAUAACUCCAUUCCGGUGCCUUUAAUUUUGUUUAGUUGAUUUAAAAAAAUGUUUCAAAAGCAUUGCAUAAAUAAACAUGUAUAAAACUAAUAAAACAGUUUUUUAAAUGGCUGCUGCUGUUUGACAUAAAGCACACACAGUUUUGGGAUCCCAAAUAUUUCUUUCUUUUUUUUUAAUAUCAUUUUUAUUGUGCUUUUAUAUUAUAUACAGAAAAAGUGGGGGAAACCAUAAAAGUCUUCAGGAUAGUAGGAAAGUAGAGAAGUAGAAAAGUAGUCAAAAAGUAGUCAAAGAAAAGAAAAGAAAAGAAAAGAAAGAACCACGUGAAGUACUUCCCAAAUGUCUUCUGAGGGUAUUUCCUUUCAGUCUGUUGUAAUACUUUCCAUCAAUUUUGCCAGCUCGGCUUCUUCUGAGUAUUUUAUUUUCAAAUGUUAGACAGAUCUACCCUUAAUACAGAGUUUUUAUUUGCAAUAAAUUCCUUGAAUCCAUCCAA